AUGGAGUUCAAAGGAAAAAUUCUUCUCAUUAUUUUUGAAUUGGCUAUUUUCUUCCAUAGCUGUCGAGCCCAGCAAUGCGAUCCAAAGCCUUUGAUCAUAAGGCAUGAAGGCAAAAAGGCCUGCGUGUAUCUUGACACAAAAGGCAUCAAGACCAUUGGCGUAGGAUACAACAUGCAGAACAAGGACGCACCAGAGGUUUUUAAAGAGAUUGGAGCUGAUUAUAAAAAGUUUGAAAACGGACCGGUGACCAAAUGGAAUGUUCCUUGCAACUGUUCGUCUGUUCCUUGCCUCACUGAAGAGCAAAUCGAAGAUCUGCUGGACAUCAGUUUGAAGACGGCAAUAGCAGAUGCCCGGAAGGUUAUCGCCACCUUCGACAGCCUUUGCUGUCCCGUUCAGAAUGUUAUGGUUGACAUGUCUUUCACUCUCGGUGGACCUGGUUUUGCUCAGUUCACCACGUUUGCAGCCCUUGUAAGGCGUCAGUAUUGGAAGGCAGCCGGAGAUGACCUGACGGUAUCGAAAUGGUGCAUGGAGCAGGCAACUUCCCGGUGCAUGGAAGACGCUGGUGUUGUUAGAGAGGGAUGUGGUUGCUCUGCACCGUACCCUCAACCUUGCGAUGCUCAAGGGUCAUCUUGCUGCGCAAGCGAAGCACAGCAGACAUGCUGCAAAGGUAAAACAAACUGCAGAAGUUAAGUAAAAUUAUCCUUCUACUUCCGGUUAGUUCCUUGUCUAAAGGCCUUUUUACUCCAAGUCCAUUAUCAAGUUGUGGAAUUUAGAUUACCCUCUAACUCUUUAGUGCGUGGAUAAAAUCUUUUAGUGUGACCAUUCAAAUACAACCUCUUCACCAGUUCUUUCACAUGGUACCAUUUACUUCGUAUGUAGUACUAACGUUUGAGUCUGUGGAUGAAAUCCUAUGGUGUGACCAUUCAAAUUUAUUUAGUAUGUAGUACUAACGUCUGAGUCUGUGGGUGAAAUCCUAUGGUGCAUGUAACCAUUCAAAUGAGAGCUCUUCAGCAAAACUUUUACAUGGUACUAUUUGUUUAGUAUGUAGUGCUAACGUUUGAGUCUCUGGAUGAAAUCCUGUUGUGUGACCAUUCAAAUGAUGAGUGAUCCUCUGCAGAUUUUAUUGCCACCUUUUUUAAAAGCUAGAACUUGUCUUCGCAUCAAUGGAAUUUGAAAAAUAAUGGUCCAGUUUUGUACUGUAUUUAGGCACUGGAACUGUUUCCAGUCUUCUGUUGCGACAGAUAACAAGGAUGGCAAUUGAUUGAAACUUGCAAACGUUACCGCAACUUUUCAAGUUUCAAUGCCGGCUAUGCCCGCAAUAAUCACCAGAAAAUUAUUAUGGUUAUCAAAUGUGUUUGAUAACUUAUUCACAACUCUACAGGAGCAUUUGAGUAUGGGUAAAUGCACCAAGCAAUGAUUUUAGGGACCCCUCCCCUAAGCCAACAUUAACACUUAGUUCUCACUUAGGGCAAAAUGCUGGCUUAGGGGAGGGGUAGGUGGGCAGUUUCCCAGAAACGUAAAAUGAUCCGAUUUUAGGACAGAAUUGACCUCAAACAGUAAUAGAGAACUUUAAGAUCCUACGACAGCGACGGCGGCGGAAACGUCGCUUAAAAAGUGAAAUUGCGUUCUUUCAAGUUCAGAAAGAGAAAGAAAAUUUAGCUGUCGUUUGUUUACCUCCUCCAUACAACGUGAAAUUAGGCAUUUUCCCGUCGUAAUAGUCGCACAGUGACGGCAGAUUUGUUGUUUUGCCUAUUCAACCUAUGCUUUUUUGACGUUCUCGUUGUCGUCGUCGUCGUGGCAUCUUAAAGUCGUUAACAUUCUCGUCAGAUAGGCCCUGUAAAUGAAUUGCAGUAAAGAGGACUUGGUACCAAACUGGACUGAAAAGACGAAACAAGGAACGAACGUGCGUCGGGGAGAAAGCUCACUUUCCAUCAUCCCAUUAAAAUUUUGGCUCUUUUACAGGCUGUUAUAGUCACAAAAAGCGAAAUGAGAUUCUGUUUAUUCUAAGAAAUAAAAUCUUCUUUCAUUUAUUUUUUUAAACAACCCUGCUUGUUUUUCUACAGGUACAUUGACAUUCAAGGGAAAGACGUUUGAUGAGCAACUGUGUUGCCCCUUUCCUCAAGCGAACUGCUGCGAGCACAACAAAUGCUGCAGGCAACAAUACAAAGUCUGCUGUCCACCCCCGCCAGCGGUGCCGACUUACUGCUGCCCAGCGGAUUACCCAGUGUGCACAGACGGGCAAUGCUCCAGGGCACGUGACGGUCACAUGGUCAGCGGAGAACCCGCUGUUGGAGCAUCCCCCUUGGAGUAA